AUGAAGACGAUGCAGCAGCUCCUCCUGCUCCUCACAGCAGCGAGCAGUGCUGGCGGCAUCCCGCUGAGCAGAGCCCCACCGAGCAACAAGCUGCUGCUGGUGUCCUUCGACGGCUUCAGGUGGGACUACGACCAGGACGUGGACACGCCGCACCUGGACCAGCUGGGGCGGGACGGGGUCAAGGCUAAAUACAUCACCCCUCCGAUGCUGACCAUGACCUCCCCGUCUCACUUCACCACCGUCUCCGGCCGAUGGGUGGAGGAUCACGAAGUCGUCCACAACAUGAUGUUUGACGCCAAGACGAACCUUAAAGUUUCUCAUAGGGAGACGCUGACCCGCUCAGAGUGGUGGGACAACGGAGUUCUGCCGCUAUGGAUCACGGCUCAGAACCAGGGUCUGAAAACCGGCUCCUUCUACUUCCCGGGCGGUGCUGCGAACUACAGCGGCCAGGCGGUCAACCGGGUGGUGGUGGAGGACCCCAAACCCCCGAACGAGACCGAGUGGCGCCAGAACAUCGACACGGUGAUGAGCUGGUUCUCCGACGAAGACUUCCACCUGGUGACGCUGUACUACGGUGAGCCGGACCGCGUGGGCCACGCCAAAGGGCCAGACCACCAGGACAGGAAGACCAUCAUCCGGCAGAUCGACCGCACCAUCGGCUACCUGAGGGAGGCCAUCGCUCGCCAUCAGCUGAACGACAGCCUGAAUGUCAUCAUCACCUCCGACCACGGCAUGACCACCGUCAAGAAACGGCCGCAAGUGGAGGAGCUCGUCCUCAACAAGUACCUGAAUUUACUCAAGCUUGCCAGCUUCGAGAUCCUCGACUACGGCGGGUUCGGCAUCCUGACUCCGCGGCCGGGGAAGGAGCAGGAGGUGUUCAACGCUCUGUCCAAGGCGCCCAAUCUGACGGUCUACAAGAAAAACGAGUUACCGGAGAGCUUCCAUCUCGCCAAAAGUGAGCGACUACCUCCCAUUGUGGUCGUCGCAGAUCUGGGAUUCAACCUGAACUCUAGACUCAUCUUCUACGUCAACAAAGGCGACCACGGCUUCCACAACGGAGAGAUGGACAUGAAGACCAUCUUCAGGGCCUUCGGACCCGACUUCAAGAAGAACUUUGUGUCGGAGCCGUUCGACAGUAUCCACAUCUACCCUCUGAUGUGUAAAGUGCUGCAGAUCGAGCCGGCGCCGCACAACGGAUCUCUGGCCGUGACCCAGAACCUGCUGCACAGCGGCGGAGGGCAGAGAGCGCCACGGUCCGUCUGUCUGCUGCUGUCGCUGCUGUCGCUGCUCUGCACGUUCACGCUGCUGUAACUUCACGUCUGUUAUUAAGUACUGUUGGUAAUAUUUAUACACAAUAGUAAUUUAUGAUCCUAUGCUUUUCUGUUUUAUGUAGCUGGAAGUAAUCGACGGUUUAUGCAGUAGAUGAAUGUUCGUGUCGGCUUUAUGCAGAUUUCUGAAAUAAAUUUCAAGACUUAUUCAUUUGCACGACUUUUCAUUUUGCAA